CUGGGCUGGUACCCCGCUCCCCUAACUCCGCCUGCUCUUUACCUUCCCGCAGUAACGGGCUGGGUGGGCUCGCCGCGAGACGCUCGUGUGCGCACGCGCACAGGACGCGGAGCCGAGCUUGAGACCUCGACGAGGGGAGUACGAAGCAUCUGAGGAGACGAGAGAGGAGGAGGAGGCUCUAUAUAUGUUGCUAUGGGAAUAUAUGACCAUAUAAAAGAGAGUAUGUUCUGAUAAUUCUGAUCCCUGAGAUGUAAGUGGACUGAAGAGAGGAACACGAAAAAAUUUAGUGCUCACCUUUGUCACAAUGGCCACUGAUUCAGGGGAGCCAGCUAGCACAGAAGAGUCUGAGAAACCUGAUGGAGUUUCCUUUGAAAAUAGAGUUGCCCAGUUUGCAGCAAUUUGGACCAUAGAAGCUAGACUAAAGGAAAAAACCAGUACCUUUCUUGCUUCUGGGGAAGCCAUAGAAAGAAAGAGAUUUUUCCGAAAGAGUGUUGAGAUAAUGGAAGAUGACCAGAUUGCCAAAUCUUCCUGCAAAGAUGGGAGAAUAAAGACUGCAACAAAUAUUUCAAGAGUAGAUAAACUUCCUGAAAAUGUGCUAAGAGGUGGACAAGAAGUUAAAUACGAGCAAUGUUCAAAGGCACCUUCAGAAUCCUCAAAAGAAUGCCUCAAGGAAAAAAAGGAAAAAGAUAUGGAGGAAGAAGCAGAAAUGAAAGCUGUAGCAACUUCUCCUAGUGGCAGGUUCCUGAAAUUUGACAUAGAACUGGGAAGAGGAGCAUUUAAAACAGUAUAUAAAGGACUGGACACGGAAACAUGGGUUGAGGUUGCUUGGUGUGAACUACAGGAUCGCAAGUUAACCAAAAUUGAGCAGCAAAGAUUCAAGGAGGAAGCAGAGAUGUUGAAAGGUCUUCAGCAUCCCAAUAUAGUUCGAUUUUAUGACUCUUGGGAGUCUAUAUUAAAAGGAAAAAAAUGUAUUGUAUUAGUAACUGAAUUAAUGACAUCAGGAACAUUAAAAACGUAUUUAAAACGUUUUAAAGUCAUGAAACCAAAGGUCUUAAGAAGCUGGUGUAGACAAAUUUUAAAAGGGUUGCAGUUUUUGCACACAAGGACUCCUCCUAUUAUUCACCGAGAUCUAAAAUGUGACAACAUUUUCAUCACGGGACCUACUGGAUCUGUGAAGAUUGGAGAUCUGGGACUGGCAACUUUAAUGCGCACAUCAUUUGCUAAGAGUGUCAUUGGCACUCCUGAAUUUAUGGCUCCUGAGAUGUAUGAAGAACACUACGAUGAAUCUGUAGAUGUGUACGCAUUUGGAAUGUGUAUGCUAGAAAUGGCUACUUCAGAGUAUCCUUAUUCAGAGUGCCAGAAUGCAGCUCAAAUAUACCGUAAAGUAACAAGUGGCAUAAAACCAGCCAGCUUCAAUAAAGUUACUGAUCCUGAAGUAAAAGAAAUAAUUGAAGGGUGUAUUCGUCAAAACAAAUCUGAAAGGUUAUCUAUCAGGGACCUACUAAACCACGCAUUUUUUGCUGAGGAUACAGGACUGAGGGUGGAGUUAGCAGAGGAAGAUGAUUGCUCUAAUUCAUCCAUGGCUUUAAGACUCUGGGUUGAAGACCCCAAAAAAUUAAAAGGCAAGCACAAAGACAAUGAAGCCAUUGAAUUCUGUUUCAAUUUAGAAACAGAUACACCUGAAGAAGUAGCAUAUGAAAUGGUCAAAUCUGGUUUCUUCCAUGAAAGUGAUUCCAAAGCUGUUGCUAAAUCCAUCAGAGACCGAGUGACUCUGAUAAGAAAGACAAGGGAGAAGAAACCUACUAGCUUUUCAGAAGACUGCAAAUCUGUGGGAAAUGUAUUCCCUCGGUACCAAACUACAACUCUGCCUCCUGCUCCUGUUCAGCUCACUGGGACUGAAUGUGAUGAAGCUGAAACUGAUCAACAUGUUGGACAACAGCCUCCACAAACAAAACCACAGCAGCACUCUACCACUGUUAGAGGUGACACUUUGUCUGAGGCAGGAGCUGGAUCAGCUACACAUUCAGAUACUUCAGUUCAUCCCAGCGUAGCCUAUUCCUCAAACCAGAUGACUAGCUCUCAGAUGGUUUCUAACAUCACACAGGCAGACAUAAAUGUUCCAGGGCAAAUUUAUUCCUCUCACCAACUUGUAGGACAGUGCCAACAAGUUUCAGAGAUGCAGUCAAAGCUGACUCAGCCCCAAAUUUUACCUGUGGUUCAGUCUUCUGCCAUUGGUCAUCCAGUUGUUUCACAGUCCCAAGUUUCACCAUUAAAUGGACAGAAGGUCUCACAGAAAGAGUGUGUGUCCCAACUAGGUGGAACUGAACAACAAGUAGCUCUUCAAAACCCAGAUUUAGUUCAAAGCUUAAAUCAAGACUUAACACCUAUGAAGGAAAAUACUAAUAACUCUGAUAACUCAAGUGGAAAUGGGAAACAAGAGCGGAUCAAACAGAGAAGAGCCUCCUGUCCCCGACCAGAUAAAGGAACUAAAUUUCAACUUACUAUUCUUCAGGUGUCAAUUUCUGGAGACAACAUGGUGGAGUGUCAACUAGAAACACACAACAACAAGAUGGUCACCUUCAAAUUUGAUGUCGAUGGUGAUGCGCCAGAGGAUAUUGCAGACUAUAUGGUUGAAGAUAACUUUGUACUGGAAAGUGAGAAAGAAAAAUUUGUAGAGGACUUAAGAACUAUCGUAGGUCAAGCCCAGGCGAUCCUUCAUGUCCACUCUGCUGCAGAAAAAUCCACUGGAAUUGACUCUGUUGCCUUGGAAUCUAACAGUAACCAAACAGGAUCACCUGAACAAGUACAGAUAAAUUCUACAUCCACUCAAACCAGCAAUGAAUCUGUUCCUCAGUCAUCCCCAGUGGGUCGGUGGCGAUUCUAUGUCAAUCAAACAAUAAGAAACCGUGAAGCUCAGUCUCCUCCUUUUGUUCAUCCUUCCAUGGCAAUGGUUCCUGGAUUACAUCCACUAACUAGUUCAAGAAAUGUAAGUAAUAAGGAAAUAACAGCAGAAACACUAUUCACUAUAGAAAAUAAUCCAUGCCAGCAUGUACUUUUUACCUCCAAAUCAGAACACAAGGAUAAGGUUGAUGGUAAGAUUUCUGAAUGUGCUAGUGUAGAAACUGAGCAACCAACUGUACUUUAUCAAGUAGAAGAUGACAGGCAGAUAAUGGCACCAGCUACUAAUAGUUCCAGUUGCCCUGCUACCUUGGUAUGUGAAGUUCCUGUUGAAUAUAAGGGACUCACCAGCCAAGCAGGCAUGUUCAUACCUGUGUAUCCAUGUCAGCAAGCUGCCACUAUAGCUGAUGUGCCCAUGACCCAUCCUGGUGAAUCAAUCCAGACUGCUGGUACUACUGUUCCAACUUCGGUACUUGUGUCUGAUCAAAAGCCUCAAUCCUUAUCAGUACAGGGACCAACUAUGGAUGUGGUGCUUGCUUCCCAAGAAGGAGAAACCAUAGUGAACACUGAAGCAACAUCUUCUAAGGCAGUCAUUGCCACUCAGACCCCUGGCCUUGAACCAACUGCACUUCUUCCUGGCACUGUGCUGGAAUCAGAUGGGGAACGGCCUCCAAAACUGGACUUUGCAGAUAACCGAAUUAAAACUCUAGAUGAAAAAUUAAGAAACUUGCUCUAUCAGGAACAUAGCGUCUCUAGUGUUUAUCCUGAGAGUCAGAAGGAUACUCAAAGCAUAGACUCUUCAUUUUCUUCCUCUGCUGAAGAUACACUCUCCUGUCCAAUGCCAGAAAUCAUAACUGUAAGUCAGUGUGGAAUUCAAGAUAGCCCUGUACAAUCCCCAAAUUUCCAACAGACAGGUUCUAAGUAUCCAUCCAAUGUGGCUGUGAGUCAGCCUACUAAUAUAUCAGUGUUUGAAAAGGACUUGAAUGUGAUAACUUCUGUGCCCAGCGAGUUAUGUUUACAUGAGAUGUGCCCAGAUGCUUCCCUUCCAGGGGAUCCAGAGGCCUAUCCUGCUGCUGUGUCAAGUGAAGGAGCCAUUCAUCUGCAGACAGGAGGUGGAUAUUUUGGCCUAAGCUUUACUUGUCCUAGUCUCAAAAAUCCUAUUAGCAAGAAAUCCUGGACUCGCAAAUUAAAAAGCUGGGCAUACAGGCUAUGGCAGUCAACCAGCUUUUUCAAGAGAUCAAAAGUCCGUCAAGUGGGAACAGAAGAUAAAAGAUCAGCAAUUGCUCCUGAUUACAUUCCUCCGACGCAAGAGUCCACAGUCGAUACUAGGGCUUUGAGUAGAUGUAAAGUGAUGAGUGGAUCAUUUCAGCGGGGUCGGUUCCAGGUGAUUACAGUUCCUCAACAGCAGCAAACAGUGAAAAUGACAUCCUUUGGAAUAGAACACAGACCAGGAUUUAAGGAUACAACAAGCAAAUCUAGUGAACAAACUCUAGCCUCUACUGAAUCUGCAGCGUCUCAGUUUGUCAAAGUAGAACCUACCGUGCACAAUCCUCAAACUAAAGUUUCUUCUCAGAAGUUACGAAUGCUUCACAAAACUUUUAAAGAAGAUAAAGAAAUUGCCCCGCAAGGAGAAAACUUCUUAUCUUUCAGCACCACUUGUGAGACUAAUGUAUCUUCAGUGACCCCAGAAAAGAUAUUGGAAGAAGCUCCAGCCAUAGGAAGUAGUGUGCAGUCUAGAUCUAAACUGUUGCAUAAAGAAAGAGUCAUACUGACUCCUGGGAAACAGCCUUGUUCUAAUUACUCUUCUCACACCAUUGCUGGUAAUGCAAAGCCAGUGGCAAAAACUGGUCCAGAGAGUGAUCAUUGUUUACAUCUGCAUAAAGAACAAGCCUAUGCUCAAACACAUUCUCCAUCUUCCCCAAUGAGUAGUGAUGAUGAAUCAGAAAUUGAAGAUGAGGACUUAAAAGUGGAGCUUCAAAGGUUAAGAGAAAAACACAUUCAGGAGGUGUUGAAUCUUCAAACCCAACAGAAUAAAGAACUGCAGGAGCUCUAUGAACGCCUUUGGUCAAUUAAAGAUAGCAAAACCCAGUCUUCAGAGAUUCCUUUAUCACCUGCAUCACCACGUCGACCAAGAUCUUUCAAAAGUAAACUUCGCAGCCGCCCUCAGUCCUUAGCACAUGUGGACAGUGUAAAAGAUCCACAGUGUGUGACUAGUAAUACAGCAUCAUACCGACAAUCUCCAACCAGUAAAAAAGGGAUGUUCACAGAUGACUUACACAAGCUGUUGGAUGACUGGACAAAGGAAACAGUGGGAAAUUUACCUAGUAAGCCAAGUUUAAACCAACUUAAACAGAGUCAACAAAAGCUAGAGACAGAAAACUGGAACAAGUUAUGUGAAACUACUCCAUCUACUAUGGGCUACACAUCAACAUGGAUUUCUUCUCUGUCCCAAAUCCGUGGAGCUGUCCCAACUUCCUUGACACAAGGACUCCCUCUCCCUUCAUUUCCUGGGCCAUUGUCAUCAUAUGGAAUGUCUCACAUUUGCCCCUAUAAUGCUUUAGGGGGCACGGGGUAUCCAGUACAGUGGGUAGGAACAACACAGCAGUCUGUAGUAAUUCCUACCCAAUCCGGGGGACUGUUCCAGCCAGGGAUGAAUUUGCAGGCAUUUCCAGCUCCACCAGUGCAGAAUCCGGCAACAAUCCCUCCUGGACCUAAGUGAAUCAAAGGAAAUGGAGAAGAAAAGAGAUUUUUUUUUUUUUUUCAGAACACCUAAGAUAUUAAACUCUUUUCUUGGGUUCUGCCACAUUUUCCCUCAUUUGAGUUUACUUUCAGCGGUGGUGUUGUUACAGUGUGGUAUUUGAUAUAACUCAUCAUUCUGUAGAAGUGCAGUUUGCACAUAGAACACUGCACACAGAAAUGUUUUUCACUUCAAAUCCUAUCCUCUUUGAUACUUGAUUUUUUUAAAAAUACUGUUCAGAAUGCUUUAAUAAGCUCAGCUUGAAGAUUACCAUUUCCAGGACACUUUCCAUGUGUAACUGAGUUCCUUUUAUUUAAGUUUUAAAUAUUUUAGUUAGCACAGAGUUUGAGGUAACAUUAUGUCAUUUUCAAACACAAUUUAAAUUGAUUCUCCUUCCCCCUCACCUUCCCAAUCCCCCCUGGUAGCCUUCGCAUCUCCCUUUCUGUUUGCAUGUCACAUGUGUCUUUUCAGCAUUUCCCUACCCCACUUCCCUUACAUCUCUUGGUCACCAUUUGCUACCUUUUAUAUACAUACAUAUACAUAUUACCAUUUUUAUUGCUGCUACCUGCAGCUGGAUGACACUUUUCAUUAAAAUAUGUAAAACUUAUAUAGAGGUGGUUCUCCCCGAAUUUGGAUAGCCAGAGUCUUGUGGGGCUCAUGUUUAUCUUAGGUUUACUUUUCACAGAAAGCAGUAACUUGCUGCUGGAAAUGUUUUGGUGAAUAAAAUUAGAAUGAUUUUGUCAACCAGUACAGAAAAUGAGCCCUUUUUAAAUGUGAUUUUCUUCCUGUCAUCACAGUAGUAGGAGUGAAGGCUUGUUUCGAGUGAGGCGGAGGGAAAGUUAAAAACAGAACUGUAACAGUUCCUUGAUUCUACAGAUACUAUAGCUGCUUUAGGAUUUCAGUAAUCCAAAGCAGCUAUCUCUUUGUUUCUCAUGUGCACACCGCAUUGGUUUUGAGCAUCUGAGAGGCACUGGUUUGGCUUGCAUUCUUUUGCAAGGAAUAUAUUACAGCUGGUAUGAAUCUCAUUUGGGGAUAAUCCUUAUAUUCCUAACCAAGGGGAUUCAAGUUAACACUUUUUUCCCUGUUAAUCCAUUCUUCUAUGAAAUGUACUUGACACAUUAGGUUUUGUAGGUUUUAAGACUUUUACAUGAAACACUGGCUUUACAGGGUUUUAAGAAAUGUGAGAUACACACUGUCCUGCAGUGAGAUAGUAGACCCUAGAAGGAUAUUAUUUAAGUUGCCUUUAGCUUUUUAUGACAAGUUUUGGUUGUUAUAAUUUCUUAUUAGUAUCUAUAGAGUCUUAGAUGAUUUUAAAUCUUAGAAGAGUUUGGCAGCCUCUUUAGAAUUUGAGAGAGAUUACUGUCAAGAUGCACUUUACUGGGUUUUAUCCAGUUUAGGAUGAAGGGAGGCAAUGACAAAAUGUAUACCUUUGGUUUUUAAGGUUAACUGUAGUAAUCUUAAAGGUUGGUCACAGGGUUACCUAAUGCUCAGUUUAUGAAACUCAAGUAGAAUUUUUAAAUGGUAUUUAUCACCUCUUAAGUAUAUAUGUUCAAACCACUUGCCAUCCACUGAAGCUGUUAAAGUCAUUUCUAGUACAUUUUCCUAAUUAGGAAUUCUUUUAGUAAGCUUUUCAAAUUGUGUUCAAUAUUUGUGUUAACAAAUUUUCUCCAUAGUCCUCUAAAAAUGGUCCCCCAUAGGCUUGCCAGGCAAAGAGGAACACUUAAUGGGUGUAUGUUUAUUCUUUUCACAGUAUACUUUAGGAUUUUGAGUACACUUGAUUCAAAACAUGGAUCCUGUACUACUGAUCUAAGGAUCAUGCCCACCAUCAUGAUUUUGUUACUAUUACUGUUAGGGUAGCAUUUUGAGAACUGCUAUUGAUGAGAGCCACAGUUUUGUUUUGUUUUGUUUUUGUUUUGUAAGGUAUCCUGUUUUGGAUGAGUACAGAUCUUUUGUACAGAUUCCUUAUAUUUCUUCUGUGGUAUUUGUGAGUUGAAGUGAUUUUUAGGACAUUAGUGCAAUGCAGAUGUUUUCCAUGUGUAUAACAGUGCUCCUAAAGUCCAUACUUCUUUUUAAAUGUUGGUGUUUCAUUAUGAGUUGGUUUUGUGUAAUUGCAUUGAGAUUUGCAACCUAUACAAUGAAAAUACUAUAGGUUUUAAGACUGUA